CCAGCACGAUCGAAACAUUAAAAGAACAUACAACUGCACUCUGAAGUUACUAAGAUUAAUAUCUGUGCAUACACACAUUUAUUCUGUUGGAUCAAAUGGAUUUUUCGCGAAUAAUAGAAAACAGACUUCGUAAGCUGGAAGGCCAGCUAUGUGAAGUGAGAGUGGAUUUUCAGCGACGUGCUAGGCAAAAUGAUUUAAGUUUUAGUCUGAAAUGUUUAGAUGGUCUGUUGGCUGGCAUUGAUCAGAUCCAACAAAAUAUCAACGAUUUGAAAUCAUCUUUUGAAACAAAUAUCCACUCGAGCACAGAGAGUCUGAAUGAAGAAGAUUCAGUAAAGAACACAGAAAUGAUCUGCAAUCAGGCUCAAGAGGAACAAUUUGCUAAUCUGAAAAUGAAAAUCAGGAAACGGCAAUUCGACAUCAUCCAUUUCGAGGAGAAGUUGGCCAAGCUGGAACCGGAAGCGGAACACCUAUCGGCAGAAUCAUUUAAGGAGAGACAUUGGCUUAAGCAGAAAAUAGCAGAAGAGCAAAUAUAUUUGCAGACAGACAUUCAAGCAAAUGCCAAAAGGGACGAAACUCCUCCAAAUGAGUAUAAAGAGCAAGCAGCCCUCAUACAAAAUCUGGAGGAGAAAUUGUCUAUUUUGGAAAAGGAAACAAAGUGCAACAAUAAAAAAUUUGAGAUGAAGUUGGCCAAGCUGCAAGUGAUUUGCCAAUCAAAUAAAUCUUUGAUGGCUCAACACAAAAAAAACGCCAUCGAGCAGAUUGUUGAUCUUAAAGCAAUGAAAGAGGAGACGAGUGACAUUAAACUGAAACUUCAAUCAUAUGUGGCCAAAGAGGAGGAAAAUGAAAAACUGUUGGAUUCAUUUAAGGCACAGCUGAAGGAGAGAGAUGACCAAAUAGCCCUCUUGGAAUUGGGAAACAUUUUAGAUUCGUGCAAGAUUCAAGAGAGAGAUGAUCUUUUGAAGGAUCUAGAAGAUAGAGUGGCUAAACUGAAUGAGUAGUGCUCCAGUAAAUCAUUUAAACUUUUCUAGUUACUUACGAGAAAUAUUAUGGCAUAGUCUUUUAUGGCUAUCCGCAUCUCUACUGCUCUGUAGGGAAUUCUCAAUUGUAUUAUAUAAACUUCUUUGUAUGGAAAAAGUAUCAAUAAUGUUUCAACCAUACACAUUUUUAUUUUCGUAUUUAUGAAACAUCCAAUUCCAGACACAAAUAUAUUAUCCGCUAUAUUUAUAAACCCCUAUGCGCCAUAAUAUGAUAUGCCCUACAGAGUGCUGCGGGCAGCCAUAAAGCUGUUAAGAAAUCCCAUUCGCCUUUUAGCCCCUUUGGACAGGCAGGCAUGCGAAUCAUUUGUUGGAAGAGUUUACAAAUUUAAUUGAAUAAAGAAAAAUUUGUAUCCCGUUUA